AUGCCUAAAUAUUAUUGUGAUUAUUGUGACACAUAUUUAACACAUGAUUCACCAUCUGUACGAAAAACUCAUUGUCAAGGAAGAAAACAUAAAGAAAAUGUACGUGAUUAUUAUCAAAAAUGGAUGGAAGAACAAGCUCAAAAAUUGAUUGAUCAAACAACAGCUGCUUUUAAAUCAGGUAAAAUGCCCAAUACACCAUUUCCAAUGCCAGCACCACGUCUUAUGAAUCCAAAUAUGGCACCACCACGACCCGGCAUGCCAGGAAUGGUACCACCACCAUGGGCAUUUGCUUUACCACCAGGCAUUCGACAUUUAGGACCACCACCUAAUCCAGCUGCAAUGACAGCAUUAAUGACUUUUCGACCACCACCUGGUAUGAUGCCUCCAGGUGUACCACCACCGUCUGCAAUGCCAAUUCCAUCUACAGAAUAA